AUGGCGGAACGUGGUGGAGAACGUGGUGUGGAGCGCGGCGGUGAGCGUGGUGGAGACCGUGGUGGUUUCGGGCGUGGAUUCGGAGGCCGUGGAGGUGGAAGAGGUGGUCCCAGAGGCCGUGGUGGUCGACGUGGAGGUCGUGGUGCAUCUGAGGAGGAGAAGUGGGUUCCGGUGACCAAGCUCGGCCGUCUCGUGCAGGCAGGAAAGAUCACGCAGCUGGAGCAGAUCUAUCUCCACUCUCUCCCCGUCAAGGAGUAUCAGAUCAUUGAUCUCCUCGUUGGUCCUUCAUUGAAAGACGAGGUGAUGAAGAUCAUGCCUGUGCAGAAGCAAACCAGAGCUGGUCAGAGGACGAGGUUCAAGGCCUUUGUCGUCGUCGGCGACGGAAAUGGCCGUGUUGGAUUGGGAGUCAAGUGCUCCAAGGAGGUUGCGACGGCGAUUAGAGGUGGGAUUAUCCUCGCGAAGCUGUCUGUGAUUCCGGUGAGGAGAGGUUACUGGGGUAACAAGAUCGGAAAGCCGCAUACGGUUCCGUGCAAGGUUACCGGAAAGUGUGGAUCCGUGACUGUGAGGAUGGUUCCGGCUCCUAGAGGUGCUGGUAUUGUGGCGGCUAGGGUUCCUAAGAAGGUUCUUCAAUUCGCUGGAAUUGAUGAUGUCUUCACUUCCUCCAGGGGAUCCACCAAAACCCUCGGAAACUUCGUCAAGGCUACAUUCGAUUGUCUGCAGAAGACUUACGGGUUCCUGACACCGGAGUUCUGGAAAGAGACGAGAUUCGCGAAAUCGCCAUACCAAGAGUACACUGAUUUAUUGGCUGGUCCGCCGAGCAAGGCCCCCAUCACCGAUGUUGAAGACAAAGCCUAG